AUGGCCGCCAGCUCUUCUCUUGACCACCUGAGCAACCGUAUGAAGCUGGAGUGGCACGCCAAGCUGAACACGGAGAUGGUUCCUGCGAAGAACUUCCGUCGCACUUCCAUCAUUUGCACCAUCGGCCCCAAGACAAACUCCGUCGAGAAGAUCAACGCUCUCCGCAAAGCUGGUCUCAACGUCGUUCGCAUGAACUUUUCUCACGGCUCGUAUGAGUACCACCAAUCUGUCAUCGACAACGCCCGUGAGGCCGAGAGUGUCCAGGCCGGACGUCCUGUUGCCAUUGCUCUUGACACCAAAGGACCUGAAAUCCGUACCGGAAACACCGUUGGCGACAAGGACAUUCCCAUCAAAGCGGGCCAUGAACUCAACAUCACCACUGACGAGCAGUAUGCUACCGCCUGCGACGACAAGAACAUGUACCUUGACUACAAGAACAUCACCAAGGUGAUUGAACCCGGCAAGCUGAUCUAUGUGGACGAUGGUAUUCUCUCGUUCGAGGUGCUCGAGGUUGUUGACGACCAGACCCUGCGUGUCAAGUGCCUGAACAAUGGCAACAUCUCUUCCAGAAAGGGUGUCAACCUGCCCGGCACUGACGUUGACCUUCCCGCUCUCUCCGAGAAGGACAUUAGUGAUCUCAAGUUCGGUGUCAAGAACAGGGUUGACAUGAUCUUCGCCUCGUUUAUCCGUCGCGGGAGCGACAUUCGUCACAUUCGUGAAGUCCUUGGCGAGGAGGGCAAGGAGAUUCAAAUUAUUGCCAAGAUUGAGAACCAGCAGGGUGUCAACAACUUCGAUGAGAUUCUCGAGGAGACUGAUGGUGUCAUGGUCGCCCGUGGUGACUUGGGUAUCGAGAUUCCUGCCCCCAAGGUCUUCCUGGCCCAGAAGAUGAUGAUCGCCAAGUGUAACAUGAAGGGCAAGCCAGUCAUCUGUGCCACUCAGAUGCUCGAGUCCAUGACAUACAACCCCCGCCCCACCCGUGCGGAGGUGUCGGACGUUGCCAAUGCUGUUCUUGACGGCGCUGACUGUGUCAUGUUGUCCGGAGAAACUGCCAAGGGCAACUACCCCACCGAGGCUGUCAAGAUGAUGUCGGAGACCUGCUUGCUUGCAGAGGUCGCUAUUCCUCACUUCCAGGUCUUUGACGAAUUGCGUAACCUUGCUCCCCGCCCCACCAACACCGUCGAGUCUAUCGCCAUGGCUGCCGUCAGCGCCAGUCUUGAGCUCAACGCUGGUGCCAUUGUUGUCUUGACCACCAGUGGUAAAACUGCUCGCCUUCUUUCCAAGUACCGCCCUGUCUGCCCUAUCAUCAUGGUCACUCGCAACCCCAUGGCCGCCCGGUACUCCCAUCUGUAUCGUGGUGUCUGGCCUUUCACCUUCCCUGAGAAGAAGCCCGACUUCAACGUCAAGAUCUGGCAGGAGGAUGUUGACCGCCGCCUCAAGUGGGGUAUUUCUCACGCUCUCAAGCUCGGCCUCAUUAACAAGGGCGACAACAUUGUCUGUGUUCAGGGCUGGCGCGGUGGCAUGGGCCACACCAACACUGUCCGUGUGGUCCCUGCUGAGGAGAACCUCGGCCUGGCUGAAGAGUAA